AUGACUUCGACGAUAGGGAAGCUAUUCCGCGUAAAGGUUCUUCUCGUCGGCGAGGUUAUCGAUGGAACCUACACCUUCAUGACGCAAUAUACGGCCGGAGUGACCGAUUAUGAUGUUUAUUUCGACAAUGGUAUCAUUUUUACUCAAAUAUGGAGCAACUUCCCGGCUCUUAGUUCAACCACCGGCAGGCGCGAGACAUCUCUGGACAAAGGGAACCAAGUCACAUGCGAAGUUGCAGUAUGGGUGCUUCAUCCCUCUCUAUUAGAGUCUGUUCCUCCCACGCUGGCAGCAAAUCGAUUUCACGAUGCAGCCGUGGUCAGCAUCUGCUUCCAAGCUGACAGUUCCUCAUCGUUGAUGAAUGCUACGGACAAGUGGUUCCCCUUGGUCAGAUUUUACUUUUCAACUGGACCAAUCGUACUGGUCGGUCGUCAGUCAGGGACAGACACCAAGGACCGAGAAGCUAUGAAUGAACGUAUUGCUGCAGCUGGACGCAAGAUUGGGGCCGCAGACUGGUUCAUUUACUCUGCCGAUGAAGGAAACGCCGUGACUGCGGCUGGAGAUACCCUGGUCUGGUAUGGUUAUCACUAUCUGCGGGGCAGGAGGAAGCUACGUUUAGAUGGAUGUGUCGUCUUGUAG